GCGGAAGUGACGCGAGGCGUAGCGGAAGUCCCUGCAGCCGCGGUGUUGUGCUGUGGGGAAGAGACGGAUUUGUAAACCUCAGAGUGAGGUUCUGCCUGCCGGAGGCCGCUGUGGUGCGGAGAUCCCCGGGUGAAGCCACCGUCACCAUGUCUGACCAGGAGGCAAAACCUUCAACUGAGGACUUAGGGGAUAAGAAGGAAGGAGAAUACAUUAAACUCAAAGUUAUUGGACAGGAUAGCAGUGAGAUACAUUUCAAAGUGAAAAUGACAACACAUCUCAAGAAACUCAAAGAAUCAUACUGUCAAAGACAGGGAGUUCCAAUGAAUUCACUCAGGUUUCUCUUUGAAGGUCAGAGAAUUGCUGAUAAUCAUACUCCAAAAGAACUGGGAAUGGAGGAAGAAGAUGUGAUUGAAGUUUAUCAGGAACAAACAGGGGGUCACUCGACGGUUUAGAUAAUUCUUUUUAUUUUUCUCCUUUUCCCUCAAUCCUUUUUUAUUUUUAAAAAUAGUUCUUUUGUAAUGUGGUGUUCAAAAUGAAAAUUGAAUACUGGCACUCCAUCUUCUUAGAACAUCUGGUAAUCUGAAUUCUAGUGUUCAAUAUUCAUUAUUGGUUGUUUUUGUUGUACUGAUUUUUGGUGAUCAGACCUCGGCUCCCUUAAUAUUGCGCUUCUUCUUUUAAAACAUGUCAUGUGUGCACAGAGAGGCCACCCUUUUCAGGACUGUGCAUUUUUAGGUUUGUGAUGAAGAAGAUCGACUAGUGCGGGCUUUCCUAUGACCUUCCAGUUGGCCCUGAAGUUCCAGCAUGUGGUUGCUUCACUCCUCGACUAGGAUUUCAGUGGGACAUGGAAGUUUUUCAGAGAACUGAACUGUGGAAAAAUGACCUUUCCUCAGCUUGAAGCUACUUUUAAAAUCUGAGGGUCAGGACCAAAAGAAGAACAUCACGUUUGUAGUCAAGAUGACAAAUACAGUGAGAGUAACAACCAACUCCAAAGGUGGCUUCACUGGAGAGAAAGAAAGUGUCUUGGGUACAACAGUCUUGUCAGAAGACCCCAGCAGAGUUCUAAUCUUCGUCAGCAGUUAAUAAAGUUACUUAUGCAGAAGUGUACGCAACAGACACUGCUCCUUUUGAUUUUGUUUGUACUUUUUGGCCUGGGACAUGGGUUUUCAAGGGACAUCGUCUGUACCAGCUUCAUUAAAAUAAACAAUAUUUGUAAAAACCGUACUAAA